AUGUCUCGUUUCUUCAAGUCCCUACACAACAAAUUGUCGGAUUCGCGUUCGCAGGCAAAACUCUCUGAUGCGCCCCCCGAAUGGGCCCCGGCUCCAGGGGAGACACACUACCGCGGGAAGGUCCACGAAGCUCCGGGAAGGGAAUAUGACGACGCUGAAUCUUUCUGCGAACAAAUACCCCUGGAUCCGCCCAGGCUGGUUCCAUCAGGUGCAGUAGACAGGAUAAACGAGGUCGGAUGUGCUGCAUGGGGAAUCGAUACACCUACUUCAUCUCGUUUCGUAGGCCGCAUCGUGAAUAUCAGUGACUCGAAGAAUGCCUCAAAGACCGUGACCGUCGAAACAGACAGAAAAUGUCAAGAUGUAUCGCUCUUCAGCAAUUUACCAAUCAUAGCAGGGCUUUAUGGCAUCCAAGGUAAGACUGGGGUUUAUUAUGAGAUAUGCAUUAACAAGAUGGAUGGGAUUAUCGCUAUCGGUACUGCUUGUAAACCCUACCCAGAAUGGCGCCUACCUGGUUGGAACAGAAUGAGUGCCGGCUUUCACCUUGAUGAUUUUUGCAAAUUCUUCGAGGACGCCGACGGUGGGCGCGACUACACCGACUCUAUCACUCAGAUCCGUCCUGGCGACACCGUGGGUUGCGGAUACAUAUUCCAAACAGGAACCAUGUUCUUCACCUACAACGGAAUGCGUCUUCCCGAUGCAUUCACAGGAAUUUACCUUCCUCGGCAUAAGCAAGAUGUAUUUGCAGCUAUUGGUGUGGAAGGGAGAUGCGAAUUUCAGGUAAACUUUGGUGCGGAACUUUUUCGGUGGAAAGAAGGAAACGAAUGGGCGUGGAGGGUAGAGGGACAUGUGGGGAGGCUAACUGGUGGGCCGUCGAGUGCUGAUGAUGAACUUCCUUCCUAUCAGCAAUCCGGAGGGCUUUAG